GAGUCACGGGGGUGAUGCCUCUAGGGCAGGAGGAAGGGCUUGUCAUUGACUCCUCCUGGCAAUAGCUCAUUGUAGUUCUCCAUCUUCCUGGCUAGAGGUGAGCAGGGGAAGGCGGGCUUCAGGGCGUCAUUGUCAUUCGUUCAGAGUGGGUUUGAGGGUAGCCACAGCUAUGAUUCACACCUUGUAUGCUGCCCUGGUCAGGAUUUACCCAAACAAAGCAGUUCUACCCUUCAUCCCAAAGCUAUUGUAGAAGACGGGGCUUAUGUCCUUCUCAGGCUCAACCAUUCCAUCUUACUUAGGAAAACAAGUUAAACAGAAUCUUCCUUGAGCUGAAAAUCUCCCACUGUCUGAACUCUUGAGUGGCUCUUAAAUCGAAGAACGAGUGGGCAAUGAGAACACGUGUGAAGGUCUGGAGACCGGGACGGUUUGCUGCAUAGACAGGGGCUAGUGCAGGAUGAUCGAGGCCGUGGAGGAAGGAGGGCCAAGUUCCUUCUUGGCGGGAGUGAGGGUGGGGGGGUUGUGCUACCAGCACCGACCAGCCCCCAUGAUUGUAACGGCUUCCCACCGAGGACAACUGAGUCAUCUCAUACUUAAGCUUCACCUAGCCAGAGCAAGGGGAAGCGGGGGAGUCCUUUGUGAAUUCGCGCUUCACAUUUGACAGUGGGAAAUCGAUCAAAAGGUCCUUUUGUAAGGGAAACGUUCAGCUCUCGAAGCCCUUAACUACCGGUUAGUGGCAAAAGGAGCCAGAGCCACACUGCGCAAGCGCCUUGUCUCUCCGGCCCUGGCUCGCGCCCGCGUCGACCCGACCUCGGCCCGAGGCGUGUGCGCCUGCGCGGAGCCAAGGGGCGGGGCCCUCAGGCGUCUCGGUUGCCUGGAUACCUCUGUGCAACAAUUGCUGCCGCUGGCGCUUCCCGGCUGUCGCUAGAAGGGGCAGUUGGCCCUUACUUUCCGAGGAGCCCGAGGAGGAGCAGCGCACCUUGAUUCCUCCCAGCCUGGUCCCGGUCCGCGGGGAACGAUGCCGCUUCCCGACACCAUGUUCUGCGCGCAGCAGAUCCACAUUCCCCCGGAGCUGCCGGAUGUCCUGAAGCAGUUCACCAAGGCCGCGAUCCGCACCCAGCCCGCCGACGUGCUGCAGUGGUCCGCGGGGUAUUUUUCAGCUUUGUCCAGAGGAGAUCCACUUCCCGUCAAGGACAGAAUCGAGAUGCCUGUGGCCACUCAGAAAAUUGACACAGGCCUGACUCAAGGACUCCUGAAAGUUUUGCACAAGCAGUGUAGCCACAAGCAGUAUGUGGAGUUAGCGGACCUACAGCAGAAAUGGAAAAAUCUGUGCCUGCCGAUGGAGAACUUCCAGGCUUUGUUGCAGCUGGAUCCCUGCGAGGACAAAAUCGAGUGGAUAAAAUUUUUAGCGCUUGGAUGUAGCAUGCUUGGUGGGUCUUUGAACAGUUCCAUGAAGCACCUGUGCGAGAUCCUCACCGCUGACCCCGAGGGCGGGCCUGCGCGUAUCCCGUUUGAGACGUUCUCCUACGUCUACCGUUACUUGUCCAAAAUGGACUCGGACAUCCCUGAGGUGGACACGGAAUCCUAUCUGGCCAAUUUAAAGGACACUGUGCUGCCCAAGGAGAGCUGCAGGGGCCACCGUGGUGGGAAAUCCUCAUGCCCAGGAAAGCAAGGGGUCCGAGUGACAAGCAUCAUUCUCCAGCAUUCCGUUCUUCACCUCUAAGCAGCCCCAGCGGGAGACUGUUCGACGCCUGUGAUUCCCCUGGGGCUAGACUCUAGAAAGAAUGGCAUGAUAGGACUUUCAGAUUUCUUCGUUCUGAACAGGAAAGUUUAGAAAACCUCGAGAAGAAAACUCAGAAGACAGAGGCCAUUAAUACAGAGAAGACCACUUUUUAAUGUCAAAUAAUGCUUUGUAAAACCUUGGCAACAAAUACAGCUUGUCUUUAAACACAGAG